AUGUUUUGGUGUUGCGGAUUUCUGAGUUUUCUUCUGCUACUCGGCGGCACGUACGGCGCCGUUUCGGGAAACAGAAUACGACGAGAAGCACAGAAUGGUCAGCUAAUAGAUGACAUCUUUAACAUUCCGAUCACAGCAAUUAGACAAACUGCCUCCGCCGCCCAAAUUCUUUCGCCAGAAAAUACGCAGGCAAUAAACAAUAUUUUUAAGAUCCCCGUCUCAACACUAGAAGCUGUCGGUACACUCGUGAAAACUACAAGGGAGCAAAGUCUACGAAAUUCGGAAAAUAAUCAAGCUCGUCUAGAGAGGAGAGAACGGAUCUUGGCUAUGAAGGAGCAGAAAAGAAAGCGAAAAGAGGAAAUUCAAAACCAUCGAUUGCAGCAGCAAUUGACGAGACCUGUUAGACAUUACAGUGACCCGCUUGGAUUAAACGCGUUGAGCGAUCUUCUGAUUGGACACCACGCUGGCGGACUUUUCGGCGGGCAUUCCGGAUUGAGUGGCAACCACGGGCAUCACAGAGGCCAUAAAAUUGGCCAUGGUCUUCACGGUCAUCAUGGGGGACAUUUGGGAAAUCGCCCGCAACAUACCUAUGAGGUCCAUGAAGAUGUUAACGAAGAUACAUCUUUUUCCUGGCACGGUGUGACCGCUGGAAUCGGCACUUUGUCCGGAACACGACCUUCUAGCACCUCUACCAAAAUUGAGAACAAAGUCGCUCCUAAAGAGAAGAGACAGAAAGCUUCCAAGAUCAAAAAUGAGCCGUUGCACGAAUACCGUGAUCCGCCAUUGGAAAAUAAAAUUGCUCCGAGAAACGGGAGAGUAGCAUUUGUGUCAUAACGUGAAUACGAAAUAAUGAAAUAAUGUAAACUUUUUAGUCUUGAUUAAAAGUAUUAAUCAUGAAUAUUAGAUCGCUCUGCAUAUUUCAUAUUUUCUGUAGUAUUCGCAGAGAAGACAAAAACAAUUCUUUUUGAAUUCUCAAAUUAUGAAAUAAAUUCUUUCUCCAUAUUAUUUCUGCUCUACAUUCUUAAGAGUUCAUAAAGAAUUCGCUUUUAUGUCACCAAUUCUAAG